CAUAGAAUUAUAACGCGUAAAGAACCAUACAUUAUUUGUUAUCUUAAUAAAACAUUUUUUAUAUGAACAGUAUUUAUUUAUUUCAUCGUGACGUGGUGCAUAUGUACCUAUCUCUACAUGUGAAAGCAGCAUGUCCCGAGUAAUGUCAAAUGAAUACAUAUACGUAACGAUUAAGAACAAGUUACGUAGCCUACCUACAGAAAUGCCGGUUUUUAAGAUAUUUAAUAUUAUUAUUAAGUAAUAUCACGUUUUAAACGAAACUAUUUCAUUUGACACAUGCAUUUCUAACGCAAUACCAAAAUAUAACAUUAUUUGAAAAGAUCUUCGGAAUGUCUGUUCUUAGUGUAGGAUUACUUUUCGGUCUUUUAUCUUCGGUAAAUGGAGUACGUGAGUACGAGAAGAAAGAUUUAAUCGCUUUAAGGGAAGAAGUGCGAUCGAUGUUUGACCAUGCUUAUUCGAGCUACUUGGCAUAUGCUUACCCUUACGACGAGCUACGUUCCUUAAGUUGCGAUGGAUUUGAUACAUGGGGCAGCUUCUCAUUAACGCUCAUCGAUGCUUUGGACACCCUUGCUGUAAUGGGCAACUUUUCCGAAUUUCGACGAGUGGCAGAAAUAAUAAGUGGUAGAGCUAAUUUUGAAGCCAAUAUAAAUGUAUCCGUAUUUGAAACUAACAUUCGAGUAGUUGGAGGAUUACUCAGCGCUCACUUAUUGUCACGAAAAGCAGGUGUCAAUCUAGAACCAGGGUGGCCUUGUAACGGUCCCUUACUGCGGCUUGCAGAAGAUAUGGCUAAACGAUUAAUUGCAGCUUUUGACACUCCAACAGGAAUGCCAUAUGGUACAGUUAAUUUAAAAUAUGGAGUACCUAAAGGUGAAACUAGUAUUACAUGUACUGCUGGCAUAGGUACAUUCUUGUUGGAAUUUGGAACUUUAUCUAGAUUAACUGGAGAUCCGCUAUAUGAAGAAGUAGCCUUAAAUGCUAUUAAAGCAUUACAUUAUUAUAAAUCAAACAUUGGACUCGUUGGUAACCAUGUAGAUGUGUUAACUGGUCAUUGGACAGCUCAAGAUUCAGGGAUUGGUGCUGGUGUGGAUUCUUAUUUUGAAUACUUAGCAAAAGGUACUUUAUUAUUUCAAGAUCCAUUGCUGGCAACUAUUUUCCAUGAACAUAAAGCAGCCAUUGAAAAGUAUAUUCGUCGAGCGGAUUGGCAUUUAUGGGUUUCUAUGACAAAAGGUCAAGUAACCUUACCAGUGUUUCAGUCUUUAGAUGCUUAUUGGCCUGGAGUUCUGAGCCUUUUUGGAGAAAUUGGAGAUGCUAUGAAAUCAUUGCAUAAUUAUCAUCGUGUUUGGAAACAAUUUGGAUUUACUCCAGAAUUUUAUAAUAUUCCACAAGCUGAAGCAGGCACUAACAGAGAAGGAUAUCCAUUAAGGCCAGAACUCAUAGAAUCAGUUAUGUAUUUAUAUAGAGCAACAGGUGAUCCAUAUUUGAUACAAGUAGGAGUGGACAUAUUAAGAAGUUUGCAACACAGUGCUAAAACUACAUGUGGCUAUGCAACUAUAAAUGAUGUUAGAGACCAUAGAAAAGCAGAUAGAAUGGAGUCUUUCUUUUUAGCAGAGACAACAAAAUAUCUUUAUCUCCUAUUUGAUUCUGAUAAUUUUAUACAUAAUUCAGGUCAGAAAGGGGAUGUUAUUGAAACACAAUGGGGUCAAUGUAUCGUAGAUGCAGGGGGAUACAUUUUCAAUACUGAGGCACAUCCUAUAGACCCUGGAGCACUGUAUUGUUGUCAUCGAAGUCAAAAUUUGUUUUCUGAAGAAAAGGCAACAUUGUGGAAAUUCAUCCCAGUGAAUGAACAAAAAGAGGAGGAAGAUGUUGAGCAGAGUAGCUCAUACCAUGAAGACAUCAAAGAAAAAAAUAAUGAAAGACAGCCAAUUAAAAUUGUUAAACUGUCUGAAAUAAAACAUGCCUUUAUUAAUGAUAUAGAGAAUAGUAUAAAUAAAAAUUCAGUCAAUCCUGUGCCCCCCAUCAAUUACAAGACUGAUGAUGUUGUUACAACUGAGGAGAAAGAUAACUUAAAUAUAGAUACUCCAAAUCCUGAAUCAUUGAAAGUACAAGUUGUUGCACCUCCUUCAGUAAUAUAUAAAGUUGAUGACAGUGAAAAUAUUGAUACUUUUGAAACACCUUCUACACCCGAUGAACAUUAUUCUACACCUGUUGUAGGAAAUAACACGGAACCAUAUAUUAAGCAAACUCAUAUAAAAACAAUGAGAUUUGAACCACAAAUAUUAUUAGAGAAUAUUAGGAAAAGAAAUUUAUAUCCUACAAAUGUUACUGCAAAAUUAAAUUAUCAUAUGUUAUCUUGUCAAUCUCAAUCAUUUCUGCAACGAAUAUCAAUUGUAGGAGAAUUUUUUUAAUGUUAUUUAAACAAUGUUACAUAUCACAAAUAGAUUGUUCUUAUUUAAAAAACCUACAAAUGAAAAAACCUAUAUUCCUAUGAAUUUUAAUAGUAAUUAUUUAAAAAUAAAUUCUUAAGCUUAAGUAAAUGUGCAAUA